AUGAAGAAAGACUCGAAAGGUGCUGUUCCCGCUCUUGCCCUUAACAACGCGGAGGUGCGCAAGAGACUCUUCGGCGACUCUGGCAUCAUCGGCCGAGACUUGCUCGCACGUCGCAAGGACGGCUGCAGAGAUAUAAUAGCCCAUCCUGAUGAGGAGCAUCUUCGCUGGGCUGAUGAACCUGGUUCAGACCAUGGAUUCAUCUCUCGAGGGAGGGAGGUUGGUCCUGAUCAAAUGCCAAUUCCUGAAGCGCGAGUUCCUAGCUCUGGCAUCGUAUUGCGCGGGACCCUCGAGAAGAAUUUAGGCAAGAUGCUACUGUCACGAGGGAGGCGACCACCCCGCCAGCCGCCGGUUUCGGAUGACAACCUCCAGUCGGCCAGGCGCGAGCUCCGCACGCUUCUGGAGCGUUCCGCGAACGGUGUCAGCACGGUCAUUAUCGUCAAUGCUAUCCGCCAGCUCUACGACGAAUCUCGUCAUGAUGAUGGCCCCGGCCACUGGCUUCGCGAGGUCAACGAGUUUGUACGCCAGGCACACCUCACGAAGGAUCUGUCAUUUAAUGGCGAGAGAAGCUUCAAGUACAAGUCAGAGUUAUGGACGGACUCUACGGAUGAGGCGUUCAACCUCGUCUUGGAGUAUUUGACGCUUUCAGGAUGUGAUGCGUUCCUGAAUGUCGUCAGCGUGGACGUGCACAACCGCUUGAAGUUCAGUCCGCACGACACGAUCUAUGACGAGUCUCGCCACGAAAACACGCUUGUCCUCGGUCAGAUCCAAGCCGAUCUCCGCGACGUCACGUUUUUAAGACGAGCAUGUCCAAGAUUGCACCUCGCGACGGCCCAACACCCAGCGUGCGUCUUCCAGGUUGUAAACGUGGUCGUCAAGGUCGACUUGUUCAAAUUCGCCGUACAAGACGAUCGCACCGCUCAUCACACCACAGGACUCGUGAAGCGCUAG